AUGACGUCCAGGGAUACCCUCGCCGACCAAUCGACGCGUGGUCUCAGCUAUCAUUUCAGCGACCUCGCGCACAUGCAGGAGUAUUCCGACACGGAUGAGGAACUCGAGGUUGCACGCAUGCGAGAAUACUCACACUCUCGGCCCCGCCGUCUCGGAAUCCCUCCCAUCAUCGACCGUCGGUUCGAAAAUAGCUACCUACAAAGUCUCAGCUCCUACGUGACGGUGGGGGAAAAUUCGUCAGGCGAGAAGGGCAAAGCGAGAGCCACGACAGGCCCGACCCUGCGCAUUCAAUGGGGCAGGGUGUUUUGGGUCACGACGAGGGACCAGGUCAUCAGCCCGUUACUCCAGGGCGUGGCAAGAGGCGUCGCCGGCGUAUUCAUCAGUCCUCUCCUGUCUGAUCUGGGCUUCAAAUUCCGUACGUGGUGGGCACACGGGGCGACGCGUACAGGGAGGGCUCACGCCGAGGGCCAUGGCGUGGGAUGGCUGCGAAACUGGCUUGGAAGUCUGACUUCCGGAACAGUGGGCGGUAUUCGCCAUACGGCGCCUGCAUAA